AUGGGGGCUGCACUGCCCCUCUUCCUCUUCCUGACCAUCUUCAGCAGCUCAUAUGGAACCGGGCCAAGUAUGACUUUGCAACUAAGACUGAAGGAAUCUCUUCCAGGAAAUUCCUCCUCUGACUCCAGCUUCCUGGGAUUGCUCAAGAAGCUCUGCCUCCUCCUUCACCUCCCACCAGGGACCAACAUCACCCUCCAUCAUGCAGGAUCCCCAUGGCAUGUCACCUGCAACGUCUGA